AUGACACCAAGAAGCUUUGUAUGGCGUGUUCAUAACAAGAGGUGCCACUACAAAGGAUCACCACGGCUUAGCUGGAACGAGUACUGGUUUGACCCUGCAGACGCCAUUAGACAAUCAAGCGAGAUUUGGUCAAACAGCAGCACGGGGACAAACUCAUCUAACAGCGACAAGCCGCCGGGAUAUGAAAGAAGCAGGGGAAAGAGAAAUGAAAAGAAGGCAUUUAUUAACGACAAGCAAGCUUACAGCACAGAAAGAGAAUAUAACAUGGUGCACCGUAUCAAAGCCCCGAGCAGUAGUAAGGAAGCAGUGUGCAGACAACAAAAAUGGCACAAAAGAUUUGAGGCGAUGAAUGGUGUUCGUUGCUUGUCAAAGGAGCAUCAUUCUCUCCCCACAGGAAGCCGCAGAAUGUCACCAGCAAAACAUAAAAAUGUAGUAUCUUAUGAUUCUGGGUUUCCCGAAGAUGAGAGAACAAACGCUAUUCGGAGGAUGAGAAAGCCCAUGUCGGUGCCUGAUAGCAGAGCGAAUCACCACAAUCGGCUGUCACAUACGAGUUACCACUCACAAUUUGACGACGGCUACGUUCUUAGAAAUCUGCCACAGUACAGGCCUGACAGAGCCCCUUUAAAUGUAUUUCAUGAAGAUACCUCGUCCGACAGUGAAGUGUUUCAAAAGAAGAACAAUCGCAAUGUAUACGAAGAUUCAUCUUGUGAUAAUUUGGCAGUUCACUCGUAUAUCCGGCGGCCAAGGAAGAAAACAAAUCGAAGCAAACUACCCAAAUGCUCAAUUCAGAAAGAUGCUCCCUACAGCCGACACCCAUCGGGAGGCCAUAGCUCAAAAUUGGCCUAUCAAGCCAUCGCCUCUUACCGGGCUUCAGCGGACGACAAAAUUGAUCUGUACGAGGGGGACAAAGUUCAAGUCAUUCGGAAAAGUAAAGGAGGAUGGUGGUUCGUGAAAAUUGACGACGAAGAAGGAUGGGCGCCUUCUAACUAUCUUGAGCCAAUCACGUGCUUUGAUGGAUGA